GGAAGCGGGAAGAAGAAGCAGAGAAAAAAUAAAUGAAGCCUGGAUGAUGAAGAAUCUUGAAAGUUGAGGGGAAUUCCGUCGCCGGUUUGCUGCUGGAGGCGUCCCCGUCAUAGAGAAUGCGUGUCGCCGCCGUCCUCUUCGCGUGUGUCGCCGUCGUCCAUGGAUUUGCUGGGAAUUUGUUGAACCCAAGAGCAGCAGCUGGGCAGCGCAGUAGUGAGGAGUAUGCAAAGCCACAGACAGCAACUCAGUCCACAACAGACAGUGAGGAUUACAUGGAAGACAAGAAAUCUAAGCAUCCAGGCCACCACCCCACUGUGGGGUACUUCAAAAGACUGUGUGCAGGAGACAAAGGAGUCCUUGAUGAUCAGAAUAGACACAUUCCACCCAUGAGAGAAGAGGAGAUUGAUCAGUGGUUCAAAGUCCAUGAGGUCUUGUGGACUCAUCCACCAACUAUUGUCUACAAGGGCGAGGCCACUGGUGUUCCUGUGAAACACUGUUUCAGAAUGUCCAGCUUAGACUUGGCUCCAGUUUCCAUCUUGUGCCUGGUAUUAGUUUGUGCUAGUGGGGAUCAAAGAAUCAAGAAAACAUCUUCCUCUGUUGUGGGUGACAUAGAUGUCAAUGAGCAUGCUGAGCAGCUGAGAAUAGCAAGACAAAAUGUGUCAAUGACAACAACAGUGGCUCCAUCUAGUUCUUCAAAGCCCCCAGAUACAAAGCCUAUGACCAAUGAAGUUGCAAAGCCCAUUGAUAACACUACCAUGCACUCCACAGUGACUGCUGAUGGUGUCAACACCACCUUGCAUGGUUCAUUUGAAAAUACCACCAUGAGUACCACCACCAUGGCUCCAACAAUGGUGGUCAACACCUCAGCUUCUGUUACAGUGAAUACCAGUGAAACACCUGCUGGUAACAUCACUACCAGCACCACCAGCAGUAAUGCCAUGGAUGAUGCAGGGAAGAAAAUUAAUCCUGAUGGUCUUGAACACAAUGGUACCAGCACUGCUGCAGCAGAAAAAACAAAAAAGUCUGAUAAAAGCAACAAGGAGCCAACAGUGGACCCUGGUGAAACCACAGAGCCAGCCAAUACUCCAAGACUAGUGUGGGUGAAACCCAAGCCAGAGGCCUACAUUGAACAGCAGAGGGUCAAGAGAGACACCCAUCACAAGAUCUUCAAGAAGAGCAGACCCAAAAGGGCUCAUAAUCCAUCUUACUUCAUGAGUUACCCAAACAGAUUCUACCCAAGCUACUUGCCUCAGUUUGUGGCACACUUACCAACUGGAGAUGGGAAAAGGCUGGAACAGGCCCCUCUAAGACAAGACAUAGUGUGGAAAAACAGUGAUUGGUACUCCUCAACAGCUCCUCCUCCUUGGCCCCAAGCCCCCCAGAAAUUCUGUGCCCAGUGUUUCUUCAACUCCCCUUUAUUGAGUACCACUACAGAGGCCAAAAAGCCAGUGUCUGUUAAAAAGAAGAAGUUGGAGGACAGAGCAGAAGUCAGCAAAAACCCCAAACCCAGAAGAAUGGAGUAUCCCAGGGUAACAGCAUUGUCUAUAGAAGAGGUUGAGGGCCUCCCACCUGCCCCAGCCAACCAUCACUACUUACUCAUCUUUGAAGACCCCACCACAAUGCAAUCCUCCUUCUCUCACCAUGAAGGUGUGUUGCAUGUCAAGACACCCACUGCCAAGUUGGCUAUAAUACAUGAUGACUCAGACCCUGAGUUCUCAUCCAUGAAGUCCAAGAAGAAGACAGAAGUUAAUGCUGUGGAGCAAGUGGCCAAAACUGUCAUGAAGGCAGUGGCCAGGCAACAAGCCAUGCAAAAAGAAAUCAAGAGAGAGUGGAAAAGAGAGCUUGCCACUUGGGAAAAGAGGUUCCAGGCUAAAUUAUUCUCUAUUCUCUUGGACAGUGUGCCCCCUAAUAAUAGUGGACAGGUCACCCAAACCCCUGCUGCUCAUUUAGAAGGAUGGACAAAUGACUCACAAACACCAAUCAGGCCAUCCACAGAGAAACCCAUGUCUCCAGCACCUGUGACCAAUGGUGAAGCCACUUCAGCAUUGCAAGUGCUGAUGAAUCAUCCCUCAAAAUCAUCAUCACCCAAGUGGACACAUACCUCUGUCACAAAGCCCAUCCAGCAAAACAACAUUUACCCAGACAAUGGUCUGCAAGAACAACAUCUCAGGAGCAACACAAACAGAAAAGAAUGCCUCAAUCUCUGCUUCAGGAUGCCAAAAAAGCCAAUUACUGAGUCUCCAAGACCCAGUGGAGCUGCUCUGGCAGCCCUGAAGAAGCUGCAGAUUCUUGAAGACAAGCUCAAUGUGAUUCUACAACACCAAAAAUCCACACUGGCCAAAAUGACCGUUGCUCUGGAGCAGGUUCUCCACCAGCAGGGACAUGAAAUGUCGCAGCAGUGUGUGGUGUACUGUGCUUUGCUGCUUUGGUUACCAAUGGUCCUUCAGGCAGAUUUCAAGCAGCAGUAUUUCAAGGAUGAUGAAGAGUCUAAUGAAAAUGAGAUCCUGAUCAGCAGUGCUGGAAUGAGGGUCAGGUCUCUUGGAAAGGAUUCCAGAAAAAUUAAAAGUGGGUUUAAGAACUUUAGGAAGAACCCCUGGGAUUCUGGAGAGUCCCAAGAAGGAUCAAAAAUUUACAGAAGUUACAGACCAGCCAGUCCCAAAUCCUCACUUCAGUCCAAAGAAACAUAUCAUCAGUUUGGCCUAAACAGAAAGCCAACAUUUGCCAAGACCCGGAUUGGAUCCCUUGCAGGAACAUUCAAAAGCGCCUUGAGUGUCCAGGAAGAUUUUAAAAAUUUCAGACGCAUGCCAACCCUCCUCAUAAGGAAAAACCAGGAUGACGAGGACUCCAUGAUAAGAAAACUCUCAGAAGCUGAGGUUGCAGUUGGUCCUCUUGGAGCAGUGGUUGUGCUUGAAAAGGAGAAACUGCUCAAAGAGUUGCAGGAUGAACCCAAGAUCACCAACUCUAUGGACCAUCAUGGUGGAAGAACUGUGUAUAUUAUAAAAGAGUCCAAGACAAAAACAAGUACCACCACUUCAAAAGGCAGCCACAGGGUGGUGAGAAACAAGUACACUCUUUUGGAGCCCCUGGAAGCCAACUUGUACCCUGAUGUCUAUGAAGAACAAGAGUUACCCAGUGGCAAACUUCAGACACUAUUGAGGAAUGGGAUGCCCAUUUUGCACAGUUUCAAAAGUGCCUUGGUCAGGCGCAAAGUGCCCAAUGUAUCACUAUGCAAAAAGGAACCUUUCAAGUUGCUCAUGAACCCUAUCCCUGAUGGAAACAUUUGCAUUAUUCCAGAGAAAAUGAUGGACUCUAGUGAGGAGCACAAAGAAACUCCAUGGUUCAAUGAGACCAAAGUAGUGUUGAUGGCUAGUGCAGUUUCCUCUCUGGACCCUGCAAUUGCUGCAGCCAGAGUCAAUCCCAUUUUGGCCACUAUGCACCUGAAAAGACCAAAGCCUGGUGAGAGCAAAAGCAGCAGUUCCAGCAGUGAGGAAGAUACCAGGUCUGUGUGGGACAAGUACAACAGUUACAUGAUCAGAAGUCCACCAUCCACCAACCAUGUCAGCCUCGCGUUUCUGUGUCGACAGCAGCGAAUCGACAGCGACGUCGACGAGUGCGUGACCCAGCAAUUCAAUGCCUCCAAGAAUUCAUAG